ACUGCUGUGGUGAGAGCAAGCUGCUAGCCAAUUGGUAGACAUUGAUCUACGCUGAUUGGUAGAAAUUAAUCUAGGCUGAUUCAAGGACCAAUCACAGCUGACCUUGACAUGGACAAAUAUGAUUCGCAGACAAGUGGCUCGCAUUUCCGAGAAACAUAGAAAACGAGAAAGCAGAAGACUGCGUUUGUGUGCAAACAACCAAUCAGAAGACCGCCUUCUUUCUGCGGGCAGAAGUCUAUUAAUGUAUGUAAAAUGCAUAUAAAUACAUGUUGGUUAUCGUAAUAAAACUGAUCUGUUGCCAGCCUUGUCUUCUGUUGUUACAUUUGGUGUCGCUGCCUCCGGAAAAAUGAAGAUCCCGUGGCCAGCUGCGUUUGAGGAGGGAGACAUACGGAGCUUCCUACGUGAUUUCGAAGCCAUAGCUGAGCUGGUGGGUGUCAAGGAGCAGGCGGCGAAGGCAGUUGUUCUGGGGACGCUGUUGAGAGGCCGAGCGAAGGCGGCAUAUGACAGCGUAGACCGGUCAAACGGCACAGUGUCUUGGAAGAAAUUGGUUGAAAAUUUGGUGUCGGAGUUCGACAGCGCAACAGACAGGCAGCUAGCGAUGCAGCAGUUCCGAUCAACGAGGCUGGGACCUGAUGGAGACCCGUUAGUAUUGGCGGUGAAAUUGACGAAUUUACUUCGACGGGCGCUUCCCACGUUGGAUAAAGAAUCAGAAGAGCAGUUACUAUCUUCCCAAUUCAUCGAGAGUGUACCAGACCACAUUUCUCAGCAGUUAAAACUGGUGAACGCAACGCAACCGAUGGAUAUUAGUG